UUCCAGCACACCUUCGCCUUCUGGUUACGUCGCUUUUGUUUUUUUAUGCGGCGGUGCUGCUUCAGUGCCGUUAAAAUAUGGGUCUAGUUCCACUUUAACACCGUGCUCCAGGCAUACUUUUCCAUUUUCGCAAACACUUUGUUUAGACCACACCACACGCGUCCUACAUUUAUAAUAUGAGACGGUUAUAAAUGCUGUGGACAAUUUUCGCAUCUCAUGGACGUAAGUUGGGGCGCUCGGAUACAAAUCCCACCCCGAGACCCGCCUCGCUCAUUCAAUUGGUCUGCCCCAAACCUGUUUCAUGCAGUCCGCCGUCUGUCAGUCAACGCCGCGCUUCCCUCCUCCGCCUCGCUUGGCAGCAUCCAGGAGUGUGCCCACCUUAUUCCUGCGACGGGCGUUUGAUGUGAACAUAUUUACGGCAAGGGCCGCCGGUUCGGCACGAGUUUUUUCUCCGUUAUUUCCAGCUUUUUGCACUAGCUUUGUCAUUUACCGUCGGGAUGACUCAGGAUGUAACUGGGUGUUGUCCUGUUGUUUUUAGCUAGGCGGACAAAUUCCUUCAACCAGCCUGCUGUUUCAAUCACUGCGGGCUGUCACUACGUUAGCCGAGGCGCUGUUUAGUUGGGCGAGCUAGCGGGCUAGCAGGGCGAGCACUCCCGACUGUCUUUGGCCUAAUUUAGGGGAGGUUGUACUGAUGUUGUUGGAAUAACGCCGAAGAGACUGCAGACACAUCAGCUGUCAUCCGGUUGGAUGCUGCAGGUUUGAACCACUCUUGACGGAUGGUGAAGAUUGAAUUGGAAAAGGCAGUGACAGAAAAAAAAAACCUAAAGGGGCUUUAAGUUGCUGCCAUUAGGAACAAAAAAGCAAAAAACCUAAGCUGUGUUCAGAGCGGUGCAGUCAGAGGAGUCCUUAGCUCCCGUUUCCAGUGUGAAUCUCCCGUGAUUUACGGUGGAACAUCCGGGUGAAGUCGCGCUUCUUCCCGGCCGGGGGACAACUUGACAGCGAGGCCCCUUGGCUAAGUCUCCCCUCCCCCAGCCCCGACCAUCCAUCCGUCCGUCCGUCCAGUCCAGUCCAGUCCGACUGACCGCCUCCUCCUCGCUUGCUUGAGAGCCAAGCGAGGGCCGGGGAUUCGGGAGAAACGGAAACCGUGAACCAGUGUUCGUCAGGUCCCGUUUGAUCCGGGCUGCCACAACCAGGGGGGAUGACUCUGGAGUCCAUGAUGGCUUGCUGCCUGAGCGAGGAGGCGAAGGAGUCGAAACGAAUCAAUGCAGAAAUUGACAAACAACUCCGCCGAGACAAGCGGGACUCCAGGAGAGAGCUGAAAUUGCUGCUGCUCGGUACGGGAGAAAGUGGCAAGAGCACCUUCAUCAAGCAGAUGAGGAUCAUCCAUGGAGCCGGCUACUCGGAUGAAGACAAGCGGGGCUUCAUCCGGCUUGUUUACCAAAACAUCUUCACCUCCAUGCAGGCCAUGAUCCGCGCCACCGAGAACCUCAAGAUCCCGUACAAAUAUGAACAGAACCGGGCCAACGCCAUGCUUGUGAAGGAAGUGGAUAUUGAGAAGAUCAAUGGGUUUGAUCAGCACUAUGUCGUAGCUAUUAAAAGCCUGUGGGCUGAUCCGGGAAUCCAGGAGGCCUACGACCGUCGCAGAGAGUACCAGCUCUCCGAUUCCACUAAAUAUUAUCUUAGCGAUAUAGACCGUGUGACUGCGGAGGGAUACGUUCCCACCCAGCAGGAUGUGCUGAGGGUCCGUGUUCCCACCACGGGUAUAAUAGAGUACCCCUUUGACCUGGAGAACGUCAUCUUCAGUUAUCUUUCGGAUCUGGAUCGUAUUGCCGAUCCCAACUACCUUCCCACUCAGCAGGAUGUACUCAGAGUGCGCAUCCCCACUACAGGAAUCAUAGAGUACCCCUUCGACUUGCAAAGCAUCAUUUUCAGGAUGGUGGAUGUCGGGGGUCAGAGGUCAGAGCGGAGGAAGUGGAUUCACUGCUUUGAGAAUGUCACCUCCAUCAUGUUUCUCGUGGCGCUGAGUGAGUACGACCAGGUCCUGGUGGAGUCCGACAACGAGAACCGCAUGGAGGAGAGCAAGGCUCUGUUCAGGACGAUCAUCACCUACCCGUGGUUUCAAAACUCUUCAGUCAUCCUCUUCCUCAACAAGAAGGACCUACUAGAGGAGAAGAUUUCUUAUUCGCACUUGGUGGACUACUUCCCUGAAUUUGACGGUCCCCAGAGAGACGCCCAGGCGGCGCGGGAGUUCAUCCUCAAAAUGUUUGUGGACUUGAACCCAGACAACGACAAGAUCAUCUACUCCCACUUCACCUGUGCCACGGACACUGAGAACAUCCGCUUUGUGUUUGCGGCCGUCAAGGACACCAUCCUACAGCUCAACCUGAAAGAGUACAACCUGGUGUGAGAGGGGCGGGGACGGUGCUCACGACGCACUUCUCCCCUCUCACCCAUUGCACAAAGCGCACCCCUCUUCGGGAACGUGCCGUCAAACCCCACACGCAUCGCACAGCGCAGCACUCCGGCUCUCACACACUCAUUCACACACCAACAGAACUGUUGCUUUUUUUAAUUUUUAUUUUUUUCCUGUCCAGUACGGUGUGUAUUUCCAGGUCCUCCCACCUUGAAUCGUGUCCCCUUCUUUCACCAAAGCCGCCCCGUCCUUCUCCUCCUUCUCUCGGCAGCUUGUCGCAUCAGUCUUCGGCCCUUAAAAAGCUGCUCCGUGUGUCAGAGCUUGGCAUACAAACCUUUCAGACGGGCUCUGCGGCGGCGACCGGAAGGGAUCUUUUUUUCUUUUUUUUUCUUUCUUUGGCAUUUGUAUUUGGGGCAGUUUUUAUUGCCAAUUAAUUUCGGUGGAGAAAAAACAAAAAACGGUAAUCUUAGGGCCCCGCAGUGUUGACCCUGUCUCCUUUCCUGCCAGUGUGGAAAGCACUGACUGACUUAUCUGGUGACAUCAUCGGAGAACCAGCGGUGCUGAACACAGACCCGCGCUCCAGAGCGACGCGGUCCGGAUGUGAGGUCGCACACCAAACAAAGGGACGGACUGGAGGAUUCUGUCAUCGCCUCGCAUCUAUGAAUGUACCCCAGGUGUGAGCAUCGCAA